AACGCACUACCGACCGCGCCACCAUUUUUCUGGUCCGAGACUGGAACCCAGUUUCCCGGGUCUGCACAAGCCCCUGAGACCGUAGACACCGCCCAGCGGGAGCCCCGGGAUCUCACGACAAGCUGGUUGUCAGGGACUGACUUUGGAAAAGUUGAAAAUACAUGCUCCAGGAAAGCGGGAAAUCCUAUAGGAACUACAGAGAGGACAACAUGUGCACAUGUUUGUGUGCACACACACAAUCACACCACUUUCACUGGGAACAAUAUUCCUCUAGUGACAACCAUCUUUAAGAAGAUACCUCCUAAGUAUGAAUUUUAAGAGGUUUCAUCUAACUCUAAACCUAUUUAGACAGAAGCUCUUUCAAUGUGUUACAGACAGCACAAGUUCUAGCCAGAUUUCACUCCAAAUGAAACAAUGAAGUGGUAACAUGCAGAAGAAAUCUUCAAAAUGUAGUGAGUGUGGAAAAUUCUUUACUCAGAGAUCAUCUCUUCUCCAGCAUCAUAAGAUUCACACAGGAGAGAAGCCCUAUGUGUGUAGUGAAUGUGGAAUAUGUUUCCUUAAACAGUCAAAUCUCACUCAACAUUUGAGAAUUCAUAUGGGAGAGAAACCUUAUAAAUGUAAUGAAUGUGAGAAAGCUUUUCAAACAAAAGCAGUCCUUGUCCAGCAUCUGAGAAUUCAUACUGGAGAGAGACCCUAUAAAUGCAAUGAAUGUGGGAAAACCUUUUGUCAGAGCCCAUCCCUUAUUAAACACCAACGAAUUCAUACUGGAGAGAAACCAUAUAAAUGCAUGGAAUGUGGCAAAGCUUUCAGUCAGAGCAUAUGCCUCACUCAUCAUCAGAGAAGCCAUUCUGGAGAUAAGCCUUACAAGUGUAAUAAAUGUGGGAAAGCUUUCAAUCAGAGCACAUGCCUCAUGCAGCAUCAGACGGUUCAUUCAGGGGAGAAGCCCUACACAUGUACCACGUGUGGAAAAGCCUUCACUCAGAACUCCUUCCUUGAUGUACAUGAAAGAACUCACACUGGAGAAAAACUUUAUAAGUGUAGUGAGUGUGAUAAAACUUUUCGCAAACAAGCACACCUCAGUGAGCAUUACAGAAUUCAUACUGGAGAAAAUCCUUAUGAAUGCACUGAAUGUAGGCACAGUUCAGCGCUUGUUCGACAUCAGAGGCUUCAUGCUGGAGAUUAAAACUUGGAAUGAAAUGAAUGUGAAAAGAUUUAUAUGAAAUGCCUUUUAUCUUUAUGAAUUCCUGGGAGUUUAAGACUUAGUAAUUGUCAUAAAUAUUUUAUAUUUUGAACUAGAGAUGUUGUGUCCUAAAAAUUAAUAAAAUAGACCUCAGAACAAGUCUUGAAUUUGAUGCCAUCUCUGCCACUUAAUGGAUUGUGAUCUGAUCCUCUCCAAGCCUUAGCUUCCCCGUUCUUACCCCGAAAAGAAAAAUGCAGAUAAUUCAUAGGGUUGUCUUAAGAAUAAAAUAAAUUGCAGAUGAGAAUUAAUGUCCAUUAGUUGUUUUACAGAUGUUCUAAAAGUCUAUAAAAAUAUCUAAAUAUGCCUAUUAAGAACUAGCAAAUCAGCAUUAGUUUAUUUUUGGUUCUCAUAAGGUAUUUUAAUUUUUUUCUUUUUGUAGUAGUGAGAAUUGAACCCAGGGGCACUGUACCCACUGAGCUACAUCUGUAACCCUUUUAAUUUUAUUUAUGAGAUAGGGUCAUGCUAAAUUCCUGAGGUUGGCCAUGAACCUAGUGAUCAUCCUGCCUCUGCCUCUGAGUCACUGUAAUUACAAGCAUGUACCAUAGCACCUGGCUUGUGUAUUAAGAUCAUUUUUGUAAUGGUCUGUGAUUUCCUUUUAUUUUACAGUAGUUUAUUUAAACCAUAAUGUCUGGAUAUAAGUACGCAUUUACAAUUUAAUUGUCCUUGAGAAAUUUCAGAUUUUUUUGGCGGGGGGGACCAGGAUUGAAUUUAGGGUUACUUAAUCACUGUACCACAUUCCCUGCCCUUUUUAUUUUUUAUUUUGAGACACAGUCUCAUUAUGUUGCUUAGGGCAUUGCUAAAUUGUUUAGGCUGGCCUCAAAUUUGGUAUCCUCUUGCCUCAGCCUCCCCAGUUGCUGGGAUUACAGUAUGGUGGCUGAAACUUCAAAUUUAAUUAGUGAUAAAAGAAAUAAUUGAGAUUUUAGUGGACCUUGUAAAAGAUAUCUCCUUAUAAAAUUUAAUUUGAUGUCAGAUCUUAGGUUUUUCUUGCUCAUGCAGAAGGAAGUCUCGCUAACAGUAGCUGAAUAAAAUCUUACAUUAUGGGACUUUUGUGUUUGGGAGAGGUAGGGAAGUCAUGAGGAGAACAGAGAGGGUUGGAAUAUAGAGAAUCUGUUGGUGAGGAUGUAGCUGUAAUAGUGAAUUCUAGGAGCACAAGACUGAAAGUGGUCUUUUAAGGGAAGAGGAGGGCAGGAGACCUUGUCAAAGGAAAAGGGAGAACAAUGUCUUGGUGAUGUAAAUGGGUCAGGAGUGCCUCACUUACAACAAAGAAUGAUUUUGGAAAAUCACAAAGAACCCAGGCUUGUUGUAUAGCUCUGUGGUAGAGCAUUUGCUUGGCAUGCAGGUGGCCCCAGGGUUCCAUCUCCAGUUCAUCCCCUCUCAUAGGCAUACAUGUAGAGAGAUCAAGGAUACUUUAAAAAAAAUUUUUAAGUUGUAGAUGGACACAAUACCUUUAUUUUGUUUAUUUUUAUCUGAUGUUGAGGAUUGAACCCAUGCUUCACAUGUGCUAGGCAAGUGCUCUACCACUGAGCCACAAUCCCAACCCGAGGGAUACUUUUGAUGGUGUUUUAUACAACACUAAGCUCAUUAAUAUAAAUAAGCAGCUCUAAUGAAGUUAUUAUCCAUUCUCCAGAGUCAAGGUAAAAAAGCAAAGUAUUUAACUUGUUUAGAGUCAAGCAGGUAGUAUCAGAAUUGUAUCUGAAAUCUAGAUCUUAGUAUUCCACAUACAGUCCUGAUUUUUUAAAAAUAUGUUUUAGUUGUUGAUGUACCUUUAUUUUUUAUUUAUUUAUAUGCUGUGCUGAGGAUUAAACUCAGUGCCUCCCACAUGCCAGGCAAGUGCUCUGCCAUCGAGCCACAACCCCAGCCCCAGUCUUGCUUUUUAUAGUACCAAACUGACAUACAGAUAAUUUUCCAUUGUUUAACCUUUCCAACAAUAUGUGAGGAAGCCAAAUUAUGAAAACCAUUUUUUAAAAAAAUAUUUUUUUCAAUUUAAUGUGUACUCAUUGAAAUACAUUUAUAAAAUUAGAAGUGUGGAAAAAUUAAAAUUAUAUGCUUUUACUCUUGAAAUAUAGUCUAAUCUAGAGUACUGAUUCCAGUCUUCUCUGUUUAGCCAUUUUUCUUCCCUUUUAAAAAUAACAAUGAUAAUUGUACUAAAUAUCUUGUUAUUUGGUUUAACAUGUGGAUUUAACAGUAUUACCACAGACUUUAUCAAUUGCAUUUUAAUAACUCCCCUCUAAUUCACUGAUUUGUUUAUAAUAUAGUGACCUAUUUUUCUGCUCUGAUAUUUACAUUCAACCAUUUUUUCUUAUAAUCUAGUUAAUCCAUUUAUUGCAAUGUCCAUCACAUAGCAUGUGCUCUUGUUAGCCAUUAAUAUAAAUUUAAACAUGAAACAUUUUUGCAUGUAAGAAUUUUCUUCACUUAAAAAACUUCUAGUUAAUUAAUUUUGGGUAUUGGGGAUUGAAUCUAGGGGUGUUUUUCUCCUGAACUACAUUCUAGCCCUUUUUAUUUUAUUUUUACUUUAUUUUGAGACAGGGUCUCACUAAAUUGCUUAGGGUUCAGUAAGUUGCUGAGGCUGCCAUCCUCCUGCCUCAGCCUCCCAAGCUGCUGGGAUUUCAGGUGUGCGCCACCACACCCAGCUAAGUGUUUAGUUUUGUUUAAAACAAGAAUAAAAACAAACUGCUAAAUUGUCUUCCAAAGUGUACAUUGUGUAUUUGCAUUGAUAAUGAAUCAGUGUUUCUCUUGCUUCACAUCUUGUCAGCAUAUUGUGGUGUCAGUGUUUUGGUAUUCCUUGUUUUAAUUUGCAGUUCCCUAGAGACACAUUGAACAUCUUUUUAAAAAAUAUAUUUUUAGUUGUAGAUAGACAUAAUAACUUUAUUUAUUUUUUGUAGGUGGUGCUGAGGAUUGAACCUAGUGUGUCAUGCGUGCUAGGCAACCGCUUUACCACUGAUCUACAAUCUUAGCCUCUGUACAUUAUUUUUGAUUAAAUGUUUAUUCAGGUCUAUUCCCCCUGUCUUGUCUUGUCUUUUUGGCAGUACUGGGGUUAGAACCAGGCAAACACUGUACCACCCAACUACAUUCCCAAACCUUUAAAUUUUUUUAAAAAUAUUUUCUUAGUUGUAGCUGGACACAAUACCUUUAUUCAUUUAUUUUUAUGUGGUGCUGAGAUUUGAACCCAGGGCCCCACACAUGCUAGGCAGGUGCUCUACUGCUGAGCCAUAACCCCAUCCCCAAUAUUUUUAAAUUUUAUUUUGAGACAGGAUCUCACUAAAUUGCCCAGGCUUGCCUUGAAAUUUCAAUCCUCUAGCCUCAGCCUCCCAGCAGCUGAGAUUACAGGUAUGUGCCA